GAGAGAAUGUUCAGCAAAGUACAAGAACAAAUGGGGUUUGGACAGUAACACUAGAUAUGGAUCAUUUUGUUUGUAUCAUCCAGAAUUAUUAGCUUCAAUUGACAAUCCCAAUCUAAUCAAAUCAACGCGUAACAAAAUAAAGAUUUCAAGUCCUGAUAUUCAGCGAACUAUCAGGAAGGAAUACAACAGAAACUGAGAAAACUCAGUGAACUAAAAUGAAGAGUUUUAAGAAGCUUUUCACAAGUAAAUCAAAAACCCAUGGCCCUCAAUCUUGUUUUAAGAUUGGAGGAAUGGGUUCACUCAAAGUACCUGAUGUCAUUCCUUCCCCAGAAGAAGACUCUCAGGAACUCAAGAAAGCUUUUCAAGGAUUGGGAACAGAUGAGGAGGGGAUAAUUGGGAUAUUAGGACAUAGAGAUGCAAGUCAAAGGAAGAAAAUUAGAGAAACUUAUCAGCAGCUCUACAAUGAAAGUCUCAUUGAUGCGCUUAAAUCUGAACUUUCUGGUGAUUUUGGAAAAGCUGUCAUUCUUUGGACAUAUGAUCCUUCUGAGAGGGAUGCCAGACUGGCAAAUGAAGCACUGAAGUCAAAGAAGAAGGGUGUCAAGAAGCUAGAAAUCAUAGUUGAGAUGUCAUGUGCAUCUUCUCCACACCAUCUUGUGGCAGUAAGGCAGGCCUAUUGCUCUCUCUUUGACUGUUCACUUGAAGAAGAUAUUGUAGCUUCAGUAUCUAUGCCCCUCAAAAAGAUUCUGUUGGCCUUAGUAACAGCCUACAGGUAUGACAAGGAAUUGGUCGACAUGGAUGUGGCCAACUUAGAGGCCGAUAGGUUACAUGAGGCCAUCAAAACCAAGGAGCUGGUUCAUGAUGAUAUCGUUUAUAUACUCUCUACAAGAAAUUUCUCUCAACUCAGGACAACAUUUGAAAGCUACAAGAAAAAAUAUGGAAAUCCUAUUGACAAGGAUAUCAUGAAAUCAGGGAAGGAUGAUUUGGAAUCACUAUUGAAAAUGGUUAUUUUGUGCAUAGAUUCCCCAGAGCAGCACUUUGCAGAGGUUGUUGGAACUUCCAUCAUUGGACUCGGAACCGAUGAAGAUCCACUAACAAGAGCCAUUGUAACUAGAGCAGAAAUCGACAUGAUGAAAGUAAGAGGAGAAUAUUUCAACAUUUACAAAUCGAACCUUGAUGAUGCAGUUAUAGGGGAUACAUCUGGAGACUACAGAAACUUCUUGGUGACCCUACUUGGUGGGAAGAUGUGAUUCAUUCUGUCAUUAUACAGUAUGAAUUUGUGACUCUAGAUAGUUUGCAUUGUUAUUUUAAUAUGAUUUGUAAUGGGAAUACUUUUCAGGAAAAAACAAUCAAACUCGAGUCCUGAAUUGUUUAUAUCUGGUUUCAAUCUGAUUGCUUGUACAUAGGUUUCAAUAAUGAUUUCUCUGUUUCCUGUCUGAUUGUUUACAGUAUGAAGUUUUUAAUUCUCUGCCAACUAAAACCAUU